UGUAAUCAAUUAUUUCUUUCUGCUUUGGGAUAUUUUGCAGGUGAAAUGACCAGCACACAUUUUAAGCCCUGCCUUUGCUCAGAAAGAGGUUCCCAACCAGGUCCAGCAGGAGGGGGGAGAAUUUAGGUCUGCUUGGAGCUGCUUGCUGUGGGAAGGGGCAAGUGCGAUGGCAAACAACAUUCAUUCAGCUGCUAGGAAUUCUGUAGGGUCCUCCUGCAUUGAGCUUUCCAGGCCACAGAAUGUCUUGCUGCCAACCCAGCUUUGCUCCAGGGGCCGAGUGUUCAUGAGCAAGUUUCACAGGAAGACAGCAACCCAGAGAAAAGGCACUGAGCUGCUUGCCUGUGCUUGGAUGUUGGGGGCAUCCAUGCUCUAAGGCUUUCCCUGCUAGCAACAGCCCCGGAGGCCAGUUCCAUCUCUGGCCAGGUCUCUGUCCAAUGUUUUGACAGGUACCCUCUCUAUCUUACCAUGGAAAAGUUGGUCUUCUGCCUCCUGAUGAUGAGCAGCAUGUCUGUGAGGGCCCUGAUGUGUCCCAUGCGCUGCAGCUGCCAGACAGUGUCUCCAUCUUUCACCAUUCUUUGCACGAAGAAUGGGCUGCUCUUUGUUCCUCCUGCCAUUGACCGACGGACAGCAGAACUCCGGCUGAUGGAUAAUUUCAUCACGACUUUGCGAAGGAUGGAUUUUGCAAACAUGACAGACCUGAUCCAUUUAACGCUAUCACGAAAUACAAUCAGUCAUAUUAUGCCUUAUGCAUUUUUUGAUCUUAAAGGCCUUCAUGCAUUACACCUGGAUAGUAACCGACUCACCUAUAUUGAUGAGGAUCAUUUCAAAGGAUUGAUUAACCUUCGCCACUUAAUUCUCAGUAACAACCAGUUACAUUAUAUUUCACCUGGAUCUUUUGAAGAUUUCAUUGACAUAAUUGAGGAUCUAGAUCUAUCCUAUAAUAACCUUGUUAAGAUCCCCUGGGAAACUGUUGGGAGGCUUUCAAAUGCCAAUACUAUUAGUUUGGAUCAUAACCUCAUAGAUUUUGUUCCCGAAGGCAUCUUCUCCGAUCUUCACAAACUAGCUCGGCUGGACAUGACUUCUAACCAGCUGAGGAAGAUCCCCCCCGACCCUCUUUUCUCCCGCAUUCCCGUCUAUGCCAAGCCCAAGGGUACCCCUCUAUCCUCUCUGGUAUUGAGCUUUGGAGGGAACCCACUACACUGCAACUGUGAGCUAGUAUGGCUACGGCGCCUGACUAGGGAAGAUGACCUGGAAACCUGUGCCUCCCCACCUGAGCUGACGGGCAGGUAUUUCUGGUCUAUUAAGGAGGAGGAAUUUGUCUGUGAACCACCAAUGAUUACUCACAGAACAGCAAAGCAAGCGGUCACGGAAGGACAGAGUGUUUCCUUGAAGUGUAGAGCAGUAGGUGAUCCAGAACCAUACAUACGAUGGAUUUCACCAGGAGGAAAAUUGGUCUCCAAUACUUCCAGAGCAAUUUCCUAUGAGAAUGGGACUUUGGACAUUUUAGUGACUUCUACGGAAGACCAAGGCAUGUAUACUUGUAUAGCAUCCAACGCUGCAGGGGAGUCCACUGCACCAGUUGAACUUGCGGUCAGCCCAUAUCCUCAUCUUGCUAACAGCACAAACUCUGGCAAAGAAGCUGAGGCGGGUCCAUCGGAUAUUCUCAUUUCAGCCAAGUCCAGUUUCUCUAACGAAACCAAAUCUCGCCAAGAGAGGAAAGUGGCCAUUGCUGAGCUGACCUCGUCCUCUGCCCUCAUCCAGUGGCCUUCGCAGCACCAUAUUCCUGGGAUGCGAAUGUUCCAGAUCCAGUACAACAGCUCUGCUGACGAUAUCCUGGUGUACAGGAUGAUCCCAGCUUCUAGCAAGUCUUUCUUCCUGACUGACCUGGUUGCUGGGCGGGACUACGAUCUGUGUGUUCUUGCUGUUUAUGACGAUGGCGUGACUUCUCUGACAGCGACCCUGGUGGUAGGAUGUGUGCAGUUCACCACGGAGGAGGCAUACCGGCAGUGUCAGUCCCUCCACGCACAGUUUCUUGGCGGAACCAUGAUUAUUAUCAUCGGAGGCAUCAUUGUGGCAUCCGUCCUUGUUUUUAUCUUCAUACUUUUGUUAAAAUACAAAGUUUAUAUCAACCACCACAAAACCAAAAACCCUGAAGUGAAUAACGUUUGCUCUCAAACCAACGGUAGUCAAAGUAACUCUCUGGUACAUUCCAGUUCUAAACCGAUUGAAUGGAUCCAGCAAGAAUGUUCAAGCUCACCAUUCAGAGGCAAAACCAUACUAGACUUGGACUACAAACGAGCAGCCUCUACAGACAUGCCUGUUUUAAGAAACAAAGCCUUUCCUUAAUAAGUUAUGCUGGUCCCAGGCAAGAAGCAGUAAAAAAUAACUAACGUGGUUGUAUUUUAAGCUUCGCUGUCUAUUUUUAAGAUCAGAUGGUUUUAAACACUAUUUUUUUAAUCCGUAAAAGUUCUUGCAUUCUUAACUAUUUUUGUUGCACUAUAUUAACUAUAAAUGGUGUGAUUUUGAAGGUUUUUUUAGUCAUUCUUGUCUAUUUGCAA